AUGGACAUACCCAAUAUGAUAAUGAAAAACAAUCAAGAGGCUCUCAGUAGAAUACCUCGAAAACAAUUAAGAAUAGAAGACACCAGCUUGUUAGUGAUUUCCGCCAUAUAUGGCAUUCCUGAUGUCAUUGUUGCGAACAUGACUUCCCCUGUUUUUUCGUCUCUUACUCGCAUAUUAUAUUAUAACGGUCAUUUACUAAUUCCCAACGACACUCCAUUUAACACCGAGCAAGUUCCGUUAUACAGAAUUCCAUUUAUUCCAUCGUUGUUUGCACAAAACUAUUUUUACAUUGACUUUGCUAAUUCAUACACGACGGAAAUGGUCAAACUGUCUGAUGAAUGUGUCUUAGAGUUCUCUGUUCUGACUGGGUUAUCUUUACAAUUGACUUUUUCAGUGAUGAAUUCCAAUGAUAAAAUCACGUUCUCCACAGAAGGAUUGAUCACUUCAAAUGGCAUCAAUUUCUUUUUUCCACCACUGAAGUUGAACUCGAUUUUUGCAUUAAAAGUGACAUCAGACAAGGUCUGUUUUUAUGUGGAAGGAAAAGUAAUCAAAGAAAUUCCGUUUCUUGUUGCGGGGUUCCAAAUCAAAAUGAGUUCCCCCAACAACAUUCUUUUCAUGUUAAAUGACGGGAUUUACCCAACAAUUUUCGACUAUGGAAAAUUCAGACCAUUUGCACUCCAAAACAGUACCCCUUUAUUUGAAAACAUCCCCCUCCACUUGCUCACUAAAAUUCCGUAUCAGAACGAAACUGAUAUGUCGGCACUGAUAUCGUCUGGAGUGGAUUUUAACUUGAUGGACUUUCGAAAUAACAAUUUACUGAUGAGACACGCAGACUAUUCGUUGUUUGCGUGCUGUCGCGUUGGGAACGACAGUGCUUUCAGAAAAAUAUUUCCGUCAGUCAAAAAUUCUGUUAAUCUCGGCACUGCGAAGAGUCUAAUGCAAACUUUAUUUAUUACUAAAUUCACAAUAGGGAAGAAGAGGAUUUUGAUGGAUAUCGCCAAAGAGCAUCCCUUCAUUAAUAUUGUGUCGACUUUGGGAUUGAUUGGGACGGUAGGAAGUAUCGAGCUCUUCCAAGACUUCUACGACUUCUUAGCGAAAGAUAAAACAAAAGAGGAGCUUGGGCAGUUCGUCUAUGAAGUGUUAAUUAACACGAUAAUGGCGGGGAAGAAAGAAGUGUUCCAAACAAUAUGCUACACGGCUGCAAUAACUAAGAUGAACGAGCAGAUGAAGAUGGACAUUGUCAUUCAUAUCACCAAAUAUUGCACAGUAAAUUACUUAAAGGAGUUUGCGUCUGGGAUUAAAGAAAAGGACUUUUCAAAAUAUGAAGUUGGGGUGUCUCCAUGGAGUGACAAGAGUGUGAUUCAAUACGCACUUGAGCUUGGAUGCUCAAAUAAAAACGCGUUGGAACAAGCUGCUCUGAACAACUUUGAAAUGUUUCAAAUCCUCAUUGAGCUCGACCAUUCCAAAAUUAAUAAUAAAAUCAAUGGGCAGAGUCUGCUCCAUAUUGCAGUGCAAAAGGGUGACUCGAGACUCGCCAAGUUUCUUAUUGAAAAUGGUAUUAAUCGAGAAAUACAAGACAGUAAUGGGAAGACUGCAUUGGAUUUGGUAGUGCCAGGGACUGCAAUAGGAAAUUUGUUACUCCCAUCUCCUAAUAUGUGUACGACAAGUGGCACAUUGAAAGAAGAUGUCUAUGUUUUCUAUACUAAUUGUCAGAAGAAAUACGUUCUAAUUAAAGGACAGAAAUUACUUCUUGGCGACUUUGGAGACCGAAUGGGGAAUGAAGCAAGCUGCGCCUUACCAGAUACAAAAGAAAAUUACUGGGAGAAGUGUCGGAUCAUGCGGGUGCAGACUUCUGAGGGGAAAAUGAUUCUUCUUGUGUCGAAUAACAUGUUGUACAAAUCGAAUGAAGUCAAGAAGAAAAUUAUCAUCUGGGAUCGAAUCAAUCCCGUUGUGGUGAUCGACCCGAUCGACAUAUUACUUGAGGAGCGUAACUGGUGCGUCUGCCAGAAUGAGUUGUUUGUCAUCUGUGAAAGUCCAUUAGACUCCGAGACAAAACUACUGUAUAAGAGUGAAUUGAAGAGUGGCGCUUUAUUCAAGUGUGUUGGGAAAAGCGAGUUAAAAACGCGCAGUGAUGUGUUAAUGAAUGUUUCUGGUGUAUUAGUACUUGUAGCCUUUUGCUAUCAAGUUCUGAAAGAUGGGAAAAUGAAAUAUAUAGUCGACCCAACGCAACCGAGUUUUGAUCACUUCUAUGUGUAUAGUGGAGAAGAGUGGCACGAGUGGUUUAUAAGUUCGAUAGAGGAUCUUCCGUUAAUCGAAGUGGUUGAGGUGUGUGUCUGUGAUGAGUCGCAUAUUGUGUUAUUUGGGACUGAAACGAUCCAUUUCAUUUUAGACGUUUUUGCCACUUCGAUACUUUCAUUCAGAACGCCAGAUGUUCUCAAUGAGGACAAGACUAUUAGUUGUGCUGGAAAUGUCAUUGUCAACAACAAAAAGGUCUAUUUGAAUAGCGCGAUACUGACUAAAGCACAAAGCUUUGCUUUGUUAUUAGCAAAGGUGUAUUUCAAAACGGUUUUUAUUAUCAAGUGCAGUGAUACAAAUUUGUUCUAUGAAGUGUCACUCAUAAAGAAGUUCGAUUUCUUUAGAGAGAUGAUAGAGAGCGGCGUGACCGAAGUGCAAGUGACAAUGUGUGGAGGUGUUGUUCGUGUAGUAAUGGGGAUGAUAAUAUGUGGGACGAAACUGUAUUGCGACAAAAAUGCGAUGAAAUUCAACACCCAACUCUUCUUCGACGAAAUCAUUAAGAACACACCCGUGCAAUUCAAAAACGACACAAAGAACUUGGAAGUUCUUUUUACAGAAAAUUACAACGAUUGGAAGCAAAAGUUCUCGUUUUCACAAGGAGAAGGCGACGUCGACUUAUUAGUCGAAGGAGAAAAAGUCCGAGCGUAUAAGUGGAUUAUCACGACACUAUUCCCGUCAUUCUUUUGGGUGUUAGAAGACAACAUUCAUGAAAUUACAGUAAAGGAUGAAUUACUCGCAAGACUGGCAAAAAGUUUCGACGAUUUUGAUAAGCCGAUUUGGGCAGACUACAUCGCGGCGUAUAUCUCGGAAAGUAUUGAAGGGAUGGAGGAUUAG